AUGGCGUGUGCAAAAGUGCCUUUAGAUGAACUGCAUGUGACUGAGCCCUUUGGACCACAAGGCAAAGAACGCACCCUACCAGCACUGCACCCUGACCGUAAAGAAGAGAGGCGUUUCUUAACCUAUAAACCCCCACCUGAGGAUGGCACACCUGUGCUGGUGGAGGAGUUUCUGGAGCAUGCUCAGUUCAUCUCAGAGGAUCUGGAGUGGCUGCUGGCUUUACCUCAUGACAAGUUCUGGUGUCAGGUGGUAUUUGAUGAGUCAUUACAGAGGUGUUUGGACUCUUAUUUGAGACACGCUCCGCGUGGUUUGGACCCGUCUGGUCUCUCGUCCAGUCCAGCUGUAGCUGACAUGCAGAGGAACAUUCAUCGCUUUGUGUUCAUGGUCUUCCUCAGGAUGGUUACGCACAAAGAGUCUAAGGAGAACUUCAUAACCCCUGUAGUGUUUGCAGAGAUUAUUUACAACAACUAUCUAUUUGACAUUCCCAAAAUUCUGGAUCUGUGUGUGCUGUUUGGGAAAGGAAAUUCCCAACUGCUACAUAAAAUGAUCGAAAUCACUCACAAUGGUAAACCAAUAUUCUCAGUUGAUAUCCAUCCUGAUGGAACUAAGUUUGCUACAGGUGGCCAAGGUGAGGACUCUGGGAAAGUGGUCAUUUGGAAUAUGGCCCCGGUUCUUCGAGAGGAGGAUGAGAAGAAUGAGAAUAUUCCCAAAUUGCUUUGUCAGAUGGACAAUCACUUAGCAUGUGUGAAUUGCGUGCGCUGGUCAAAUAAUGGCUUAUACCUGGCGUCAGGAGGAGACGACAAACUGGUCAUGGUGUGGAAGAGAGCUGCUUUCAUAGGUCCAAGCACAAUGUUUGGGUCCAGCAGUAAACUGGCUAAUGUGGAACAGUGGAGAUGUGUCAUGAUUCUGAGGAACCACACGGGAGAUGUAAUGGAUGUCGCCUGGUCACCUCAUGAUGUCUGGCUCGCUUCCUGCAGUGUGGAUAACACCAUCGUUAUAUGGAACGCUCGAAAAUUUCCAGAGAUUGUGAUGACUUUAAAGGGACACACAGGGCUGGUAAAAGGCCUGACGUGGGACCCAGUUGGAAAGUACAUCGCCUCCCAGGCAGAUGACCAUAGCCUGAAGGUCUGGAGGACCAUGGACUGGCAGAUGGAGACAAACAUCACCAAACCUUUCAGUGAAUGUGGCGGCACCACACACGUCCUGAGGCUGAGCUGGUCUCCAGAUGGUCAGUACCUGGUUUCAGCUCAUGCCAUGAAUAAUUCUGGGCCCACAGCUCAGAUCAUCGAACGCGAUGGCUGGAAAACCAACAUGGACUUUGUGGGUCAUCGAAAAGCUGUUACUGUGGUGAAGUUCAAUCCUAAGAUCUUUAAGAAGAAACAGAAGAACGGCAGUACUCCCAAACCCAGCUGCCCAUACUGCUGCUGUGCUGUGGGCAGUAAGGACCGCUCACUCUCUGUAUGGCUCACCUCACUUAAGCGCCCACUGGUAGUCAUCCAUGACCUCUUUGAUAAGUCCAUUAUGGAUAUUACAUGGACACUCAAUGGGCUGGGACUCCUGGUGUGCUCCAUGGAUGGAACUGUGGCUUUCUUGGAUUUCUCGCAGGACGAACUGGGAGAUCCCUUGAAUGAAGAGGAAAAGAAUGCUAUUCAUCAGAACAUCUAUGGAAAGAGUCUGGCCAUUACUAUGGAAUCCCACCUUUCCAGCACUAUUAUCGAGAACCCAGAAAUGCUCAAGUAUCAGCAGGAACGGCAGGGGAACCAGAACCCCAAUGGAGCCCAGGGAAGCAGUCAUGAGAACCAGACGGCCAAACUCACCAAUGUGCUCAACGGAGAGUCCCUGGAGGACAUCAGGAAGAACCUCUUAAAGAAGCAGGUGGAGACCAGAACUGCAGAUGGGAGGAGAAGAAUCACACCUCUCUGCAUCGCACAGCUCGACACGGGGGACUUCUCACCAGCGUUGUUCAACAGCGUCCCAAUCUUGCCGGGGUCGUCUACAUCGACUCAGCUCACCCCUCAGAUCUCUUCGGAUUCCAGUACAGCCAACUCACUUGGCUUGCGACCCUCCCAUGACCCCACCACCACCUCUCCCAACAAAACUGCAGAAGAGAACAAGGACAGUGGACCUGCAGCUGUAAAUUCGAUCGGUAUGAAAUCGAAUCUGCUGUUGACAUCUGCCUCCAAGAUCGAGCCCAUGAAAGCACUGGAUUCGCGAUUUACUGAAAGGUCAAAGGCCACGCCAGGGGUCACUAGUGUACCCCUCACUAUAGGCAUCACCCCACUUGACAGGGUAAAAGACAGCAGCUCUGUGAAGGAGCCGAAAGGAAAAGAUGAAACCAGCAGCGAUAGUGAGGACAAGGGCAUGGUGAAAUCGCUAUCUAUGGCCAAGAGGAAGGGAGAGAUGGAGGGAGCAGAGGUGGUAGAAAAGAGGAAGAAGGGAAGGCCAAGAAAAGAUGCCAAAAUGAUGAUGCCCAUAUCACAGCCCUUCCCACAGACUCCAGUCUCAGCGGAAAAGGAGCCGUCUCGAUUAACAACACCUGUAGCGGUGUUAAAACUUCCUACCCCAUCCAUACAGAAGUCAUUUAGCACUCAGGUGAGUACAGACGCCAUCACGUAUCUGGAGGUGGAGAACGAGGUCUCUGUGGUGUCUGGAGCUCGUCUCAGUCAGCUCAAAUGGAGCAGAGAGGGGCGAGAGUGGGACAUGCUGCUGACCAGUCGCAUCAUCAUAGCAACCGGGAGCAGCGAUGUUGUUGCUGUAGCAUGCGAGGACCGCACACUCUCCGUCUUCACUACAUGUGGACGGAGACUGAUUCCAUCCAUCAUUCUGUCCGCCCCCAUGUCAGCACUUCAUUGCUCGGGACACUUUGUCAUGGCGCUGAUGGCAUCAGCCACGCUGUCUGUCUGGGAUGUUCAGAAACAGACAGCUUUGGUCAAAAAUGAAUCUCUGAAUCCAAUCUUAUCAGGCACAGACGCUACAGUAAGUCAGUCUUUUUUGACUCAGCAAGGUGUACCUGUGGUUUCGCUGUCAAAUGGCAAAACCUACUGUUUCAACUCAUCACUGGAGACCUGGAAUUUGAUCGCAGAUAAGCAGGACUCUCUUGUACAGUGUGCAGACUUCCGCAAUUGCUUGACCUCUCAGGAUGCUCUGGGCUCCAUGGGGCCACUGGCUCUCACACAGAGCCGUAAUCUAAGUGCGGGGCGGUUGGCAUCUCGCUUUUCAUCGACUCCUCACCACUUGCAGCAGGGAAUGACUCUGGCCUUCUUGGAGAACCAGCUCUCCUCCGCCCUCAUCCUCCUCUCAGCAAGCGAGUACAGACACUGGCUUCUCAUCUACGCACGUUUCCUCGUAAACGAGGGUUAUGAGCAGAGGUUAAGGGAACUAUGUCAGGAUUUACUGGGACCAGUUCACAAAUCCAGUAGCAGCUCCUGGGAGCCGACAGUCCUGGGACUGAGAAAGAGGGAUCUGUUGACAGAGGUGAUGCCUGUGAUUGGUCAGAACUUGCGGUUCCAGAGACUCUUCACUGAGUACCAGGAUCAGCUCGAAUUGCUGCGCUUGAAAUAGCACUUCACCUUUGACUUCCUGAUGUUUCACCCCUGACCCCUUCCUGGCCUGUACAUGUGCUAACAGUCUGCCUUAGCUUUACUGACAGCACUAUCUUAAACACAGACAUGGACACUAAUUCAAAUGGGCAAAAAUAAUGUUGAUUUUUUAGAAUUAAUUUGAUAAAUACAUUAAUGAAUUAUGAUGUUAACACAUUUUGGGAUAAUUUUGAUCAAGCACAAAGUGUGCAUGGCAGUCAUCUUGAAACUGGACAACUAAAAGUUGCUAUAAGUGGUGAUCCAACUCUCCCUGCCUCCUUUCUUUUUGUCUUUCUCCUUCAGUUCUUAUUUGUACAGCCACUUGUCAUUUAUUUGUAAAUGUUUGUAAAAGGCAAUUUCUUUUUUUUCCCUCCAUUUUCUAUAAAAUAAAGAAAAUGGUAAACCUUCAAUUAAAAAAGGAAUAAUCAAUUUACCAAUUCUAAAAUCUGUUGCUCCUUUCUCUCUGGUAUGUCGUAUGGUGAUUUAUUUGCUGGUGCUACAAACACAUCGGCACUUUUGUUGGUCCUUAUGUAGUACUACCUUGUUUUGGGCAGGUGGUGGUAGUAGAGAUCUGAUUUUUUCGACGGUCCAAAAUUACCACUCCCUAACAGGCAAGAAAAGAAAAGCAUUGUUUGUAAACUUUUUCUAGGAACUGCAACAUGGUUCAAGUCGAUAGAAAUGUAAUCUGAAUCCUGAUGUUAUAAGUGUGAUGUGUGAUUGAAAACAAAGAUGUACAUGACUUUUCAAAGGUUUGGGGUCCGUAAGAUUUUAUAAUGUUGAAAGAAGUCUGGAAGUCAGAA